GCCGACUUUGCCUCUGUAUGACCGUUCGUGGAAGUUAAGAGAGAGGGGGAGAAGAAGAAGAAAUUGUAAGGAAUGGAAUGAAAACCGAAGUCUUUUUUGCUUCUUUUGUUUUUAUAUAGACAGCUUAGAUAGAGAGAAGGGGAAAAAACCCCAGAAUAACACAGACAACUUUCAUUCUGUAGAGAGAGAGAGAGAGAAAGAGGGAGGGAAGGAGAGAGGGGGAAGCUCUCCCUUUUAGUCCUCAAGGCUUCACAAGUUGACAGUAAAACUCUGUUGGUUUCUGCUGCAAAGCUUAUCAUUACCAGUUCCUUGUUUGGCGUGUUAACAAAGUAGACCAGUCUCUGCAGGUGCUUUGAUUGCUAAAGGGGAGACAUUGCUUUCAAAUUGAUGUGUCAAAUCUAAGACUGUGGCAAAUAUAAUCAGAACAGAUCAAAUGCCAUCAUUGAAAAUGAAGACAAAACUAAGUGGGGGCUCUUUAGGGGAAAGAAGUCUUGGUGUGUGUCAGACGUCCAGUGUUAUAUGCAAGAAAUCAUGCGCUAAUGUCCACACGGUUUAUCCUUUAUCAGAGGCUGAUCUUUGUAUUCAGAAAUGUCCAGAUGAUUGCGUUUCAUCGAGUGAGGACAUGCAUUCUCCGGAAACCGAUGGUGUUGAAGUCCCUGAUCAGCAAAAACUGUCACAUCAUGGGAACUCCCAUUUUCAGACAUAUGAUUCUAGUAUAGAUUCUGGAACCAUUGUGAAGAUGGAUUCUACACAUAGCUUCACAGCUGACUUGGAAACCAUUUUUUCCCCGGCUUUGGAACCCAUUUGUAUAUACAACAUGCCCAACAUAGACGAGAAUCCAGGAGGCAAAAGUAAUCUUAUCUUCUCAGGGUUGGGAAUUGAUGGAAGGGAUAGUCAUAUAAGAUUAUCUGAUUAUCAGAGCUGCAACAUCUCAGAUUUCUCUAUCUCCGAAAUGAUUAUCUCUAGCCUACCAUAUGAUGGGAAUGCAAUAGAUAGUCAUCUCUAUGAGAGUGAAGCUUUUCCUGAUUACAGAUGUGCUGAGCCAAGUAUGUUGUUUGAUAUGGCUCAGGAGUGCUUGAUACUCCCUUUUCUUGAGGAUACUGCCAAAUUGACAAAUUCCAAUGAUCUGAAAUCAGGUGAAGAGGCCAUUGAAGGUGGUCCAGAUGAUGCUGACUUAUAUACAGCUAUCAGCCAGAUAAGAACCUAUAACCAGGAAUGUGAUCCUAUCGCCAACUCUGAUCAGGCAGAUGAUUUUGAUCCUCAGUUCUUUAUCAGAACUCUACCUGAAUUAUCAGAAGUUGUAUCAAAUUUUCAAACAAGCAUGUUCCCGAAAGAUACUCAAAGGAGGAAGUCAAUAACAUUAGUACUCGACUUGGAUGGUAAAACAUUUAUGCACUUUACUAUAAUAGCUAGGGGGUUUUCGUUUUUGCAUAUCUCAGAAACACUUGUUCACUCUACAUUGGAACAUUGUGUGGAUGCCGACUUCACUUUCACCGUGUUCUUCAACAUGAAAGAGCACACUGUAUUUGUGAAGAAGAGGCCUCACCUACAUACGUUCCUGGAGACAGUUGCUGAGAUGUUUGAGAUUGUCGUCUUUACUGCAAGCCAAAGCAUAUAUGCAGAACAACUUUUGGACAUACUGGAUGCUGAAAAGAAACUCAUAUCUCGUCGGAUUUAUCGGGAGUCAUGCAUAUUUUCAGAUGGCACAUAUACGAAAGAUUUGACAGUGUUAGGUGUUGAUCUUGCCAAAAUUGCCAUAAUUGAUAAUUCUCCACAGGUUUUCAGGUUGCAAGUAAAUAAUGGGAUUCCUAUUAAGAGUUGGUUUAGUGAUUCUUCAGAUCGUGCUUUACUAUCAUUACUGCCCUUCUUAGAGACCUUGGCUGAUGCUGAUGAUGUCCGCCCAAUAAUUGCAAGGAGAUUCGGUAACAAGGAAUAAGAGUUAUCUUUCCUUAAUAGCUUGGAUAUUGUGCAUUACCCUUAGUUUCUCUUCUUUCCGUCAAAUUGGGUCUCUAAUAUUAGAUGGUCAAUCUCUUCUCUUUCUAGUAUUUUCAAAUAAGUAACUAUAGAAUAAGAUAGAGUUUGUUUUGUUGUCGAUCCAGCCUUGCUUGUUUCUUCUCUUUCUUUGGGCCAACAGGUCCUUUCAGGUAAUCAUCGUCUAGUUCUUCAAAAGGCAGUCGUAGGGACUAUCCUGUUUUGUUGUACAGUUGAAGUUUCAAUUUAUAGAGAAGGUGUACAUAAACAUUCACGUCAAAGAAAAGUUUCCUACUUUGCGUUCUCUUAGUUGGUGGUGGCCUACAAUUCUAUAUCGAGGUCUCCAUUGCUUCUUUUUAGUUGUAUGAUAGUUGAUUUACAUUGAAGCCAGUUAAGCCUUAGAACUUCAAUGCUAGCAAAUUAGCAUGAUUCCCACUAUGGGGAUGUAUUAGCAUGAUUCCCUCUAUGGGGAUGUAUAGCAGCAAUCAAUAACCCGGUUGAGUGUAGUAGUUCAUGAACCUACAAACUGUUAAGAUGGUUGGGGUGCUUUGUCUUGCUGCCAUUUGCAUCUACAUUUGGAAUAUGAGUUAGCUUUCUUAACAUGGAUGAUAAAUUGCUCAAAACAUAGAAUUUUGACGUCUUCUAGAAAAUUUAUGCUAAAGGUGUUUGCUGAACAAAGGAGUUUGGAGUCUAUGAUUUGCUUUUGAAAUAUGGGGGAUUCUAAGAACUUGUUAGUGAUGAAAUUAUUACUGAAAUAGCGUCUUUUCCCCCCUUUCCUUUUUUACACUGUGGCUGCGUAAUGGUGCCUUCUCUGCAGGUGUUGUGAGGAAUGGCUUUAUGUGUAGGGUAUUCUAUAGCAUGUUCUGUUCUACAGGACCAUUUUUCACAGGGGGUUUCAAUACACAUUUGUAAUAUUUUUUCUUUCCCAUAAUGCCAUACGGUCGCUUUUGUUCUAGUCGAGUUGUGACCUGACCUGUAUCUUCCACUGUUCAAUGAUGUAGCAGUAGUAGUUAAAAAGAGUGAGAACAUCCAGCAGCCUGGGCGAUGUUGCUCGGUUGCUGUACGAAUUUUACUAGUUUGUCCAGUCUUUUACCCCGAACAGACUCGUUUUCGACAAUUUUGUAGAUACAUUGUGUUUUAGCAAUUGUCGUAUGCUUCUUAAGGCUGUUUUGUUCUUUCAGUACGAUAAAUGUUCGUUUCGGAUUUGCAUGAAUGUUGCGCUGUGCAGUCGGCUUGUUAUCAACCAUUGAUUGUGAAGUUGUUUUCCACUUGUAAUUGC